CUACCAAAUCUGAACCCUUGUCCCGGUUUUUAUUUUGUUUUUUCUUCGCCUUCGUUUUUUUUCUCUGCACCAUCUCACUUCCCUUUCACUUCUCCAAAACCCAAAACCCUAAUUUUCAAUUCUCCACUGCACCAUGAACUGCUCCAUUUCCGGUGAGGUUCCGGAAGAGCCUGUGGUGUCAAAAGGCUCCGGUCUUCUCUUUGAGAAGAGGUUAAUCGAGAGACAUAUUGCGGAUUAUGGGAAGUGUCCAGUUACUGGAGAACCACUUACUUUGGAUGACAUUGUACCAAUCAAAACAGGCAAGAUUGUGAAGCCUAGACCAGUGCAGGCAGCUAGCAUUCCUGGCAUGAUCGGGAUGUUCCAAAAUGAAUGGGAUGGGUUGAUGCUAUCUAAUUUUGCAUUGGAGCAGCAAUUGCAUACAGCAAGGCAAGAGUUAAGUCAUGCUCUAUAUCAGCAUGAUGCUGCUUGCCGUGUGAUUGCAAGACUUAAAAAGGAACGAGACGAAGCUAGGUCUAUACUUGCACAGGCAGAAAGGCAGUUCCCGAUUUCUACACCAAAUGAUGCGACUGCAAAUGCUCCUGUUCAUAGCAAUGGGAAAAGAGCUGCUGAUGAUGAGGAGCUAGCACCUAAUGCGAAGAAAUUACAUCCUGGAAUUUCUUCUAGCAUAAUUACUGAGCUAACAAACUGUAAUGUUGCUCUUUCACAGCAGAGGAAAAAGCGACAGAUUUCUGCGACUUUGGCCCCUAUUGAUGCUAUAGAGACAUAUACCCAGAUAUCUAGUCAUCCCUUAAACAAAACAAACAGACAAGGCAUUAUAUCUCUUGAUAUCCUUUAUUCUAAGGACUUGAUUGCAACUGGAAAUGUUGAUACAAAUGCUGUUAUUUUUGACCGUCCAUCAGGGCAAGUAUUAGCUACACUCAGCGGUCACUCUAAAAAGGUAACCAGCGUGAAGUUUGUAGGUCAGGGCGAAUCUAUCAUUACUGGUUCAGCAGAUAAGACAGUUCGUUUGUGGCAAGGGUCAGAUGAUGGUCGCUAUACCUGCAGACAGACCUUGAAAGAUCAUUCGGCUGAGGUGCAAGCUGUCACUGUCCAUGCCACCAAUAAUUACUUUGUGACUGCAUCACUUGAUGGCACUUGGUGCUUUUAUGAACUGUCUUCAGGGACUUGUCUGACCCAGGUUUCGGACUCUUCCGAAGGCUAUACAUCUGCAGCUUUUCAUCCUGAUGGUCUUAUUCUUGGAACUGGCACUACAGAUUCUCUUGUUAAGAUCUGGGAUGUUAAAAGUCAGGCAAAUGUUGCUAAAUUUGAUGGACACCAGGGGCAUGUGACUGCAAUAUCCUUUUCUGAGAAUGGUUACUACCUUGCGACUGCAGCUCAUGACGGUGUAAAGCUUUGGGAUCUACGCAAGUUGAAAAACUUCCGGAAUUUUGCCCCAUAUGACAAAGAAACUCCAACAAACUCUGUGGAGUUUGACCACAGUGGAUCCUACCUUGCAGUUGGAGGCUCGGAUGUAAGGAUAUACCAAGUUGCAAAUGUGAAAUCUGAAUGGAACUUGAUCAAAACUUUUCCCGAUUUAUCUGGAACAGGGAAAUCCACAUGUGUAAAAUUUGGCCCAGAUUCAAAAUACUUAGCAGUUGCAUCAAUGGACCGGAAUCUUAGAAUAUUCGGCCAACCUGGUGAAGAUAUACCUGCCGCAAGUUGUGCUCCAUAGUCAUGCUGCUGGUGGGACAGUUGCUACCUGCUAUUAGUGUUUGUCUCUAGUUUCAUUGGUUGGAAAAGUGAAUGAAAGUUUUGGUUAGUUUGAUUCUUAAGUUUCAGUUAAUUUGAUUCUUAAGUCGGGUUCCUUGCAAAUAUACUCGAGGCUUUCUGCAGCAACAUUACUAAAGGACAUGUUGUAAUAUUUGCAUUUCAUGAAAAUCUGAAGUCUGUAUUGUCCCUCAGAUAGUUUGUAAUCUGAUUACUGACUAGUGAGAUAAUGUAAUUUAUUGGCCAUUGCUA